UUGUUUACGAAUAGAAGUACACGUGACCCUAUUUCAAUACUUGGGGGUGAAUUUAGCUCAGGGCGGAAUAGAUAUAUAUCCAAACACAGUAUAAUCGCGGAUAUAUUGUGCCGCAUCUCUCGCGGUUUGAAACUAGGAUGCCAAAUAAAAAGAGAAAGAAGAUUGGUUAUAUUGCCAAGAAGGCAGGAGCAAAGAAAUAUGUGAAGGCCAGGAGAUGUGAUUCAGAGGAUGACAUUCCCUUAAGCAAGUUGAUAAGUGUGCCCUCUAUAAACCCAGAAGUUCAUCAACAAAAUGGUAGUAGAAGGAAACAAGUGGUAUCUAGCAGUGAUAGUGAAGAUGAAAUACCACUAAGUAGUUUACGAAGCAUGUCACAGUCUGUGUCUGAGGACAGUCAUAUUCAAGGUGUGUGGCAAUCAAAACAUAUCAAGCCAAACAAUGGGCAAUAUUUACCCAAAAGGCAAACCAGUUUCAAGGAAGGCAGCAAGUAUUUCCCCCAGCAUCCUUGGAGCCUAGACCUGGACAGAGAACUUAGAGAAGAAAAAAAGAGAAUGGGAAGAAACAACCACCAUGAUGAUGUUCUUCAACUUGUUUUACCUCCUAAUUUUAUUAAUAUUGGACAACAAACAGGGAGAUGGAAAAUUUUAAAAGACGAACUACAAUAUGGCACCAGUGAAAGGCUGGCAAAGCUGCUGAUAGACAUAUAUUACGAAUACAAUGAUCUUCUUUCUAAACCAUGUAUGAAAAAAAUACUUGGAAAUGAUGAUGGCUAUGAAGACUUCAGUCCAUUUCUGUUGGACACAGAAAAGCAGCAUGAGUCAGUUCAACACGUUUCCAUUGGUCCAGACAUUGCCAACACCAGAGGGCAGCAUGAGUCGGAUGAUUAUCCCGUUAGUUUUCACAUUUCUGACAUCAGAACACAGCCUGAGCCAAACCAGACUGAUGGAGUUAUCCAGGACACCAGAUGGCAGCCUAAGCCAGACCAGUCUGAUGGAGUUCUCCAGGACACCAGAUGGCAGCCUAAGACAGACCAGACUUAUGGAGUUCUCCAGGACACCAGAUGGCAGCCUAAGCCAGACAAGACUGAUGGAGUUAUCCAGGACACCAGAUGGCAGCCUAAGCCAGACAAGACUGAUGGAGUUAUCCAGGACACAAGAUGGCAGUACAGGCCUAAUGUAAUUUCAAAUGACCACAAAAAUAGUUCUGUUACCAGUAAGCAGCACAUAUCAGUUGAGGGAAAUUUUCAUAGCCUAGACAAUCAGGACACCAAAGGCCUGUACACCAUUUUUGAUGGUAAUGAGAAUUUUUCUAACAUUUCCAUAAAACACAUUAAACAAGAGGUGAAGGAUGAAAUGCACCAGGGUAAUGACAAAACAAGCCAAGAUUUAAAAGUAUCUAUGAACUCUGUUUUCACUCCAGAUAACCCAGGAUCAACAAUCACAGAAAAAUUAAAUUCUCAGAAUGUCACCAAUUUAGAAAAGGAUCCUGUUAGUGCUCAAAUUAGUCCAAGAAAGCCACUGUUGGAUAAUCAUAAAACUCAUGCCAACAACACAAUUAUAUGUGCAGGUGAUGCUCCAAGAACUCUCUAUAUCUGUUCCUAUUGCCCUAUGCAGUUUUGGUCUCCAGAUCGUUAUAAAAGACAUGAAGAAAUUCACUUGAGUUACAGAUAUCACUGCAUGUACUGUGACAGAACAUUCCCACACAAAGCCAGUUGGAAAACUCAUGAAUCGGAACAUAAAGGGAAAAACACAUUGAAGUGCCAGCACUAUGGGGAGAGAUAUUCUAGAUACAAUAUCUACAGUGAACAUGAAAGGACACACACUGGAGAAGAUCCAUACAUGUACCAGUGCCGGCACUGCGGCAAGAAAUUUAUCAGCUCCUUGGGAAAGAAUGCACACCAACGGCAGCAUGGACUUGGAUCUGAAAAGCCUCAGAAAUGUCAGUUUUGCUUCAGAAGAUUUGCCGAGAAGAAAGAACUUAUUCGCCACAAGAGGAUUCACAUUGGGCACAAAUCUUAUAAAUGCCAGUAUUGUGAAAAGAUUUUUAUGGAAAAAGCUAUCUGUAUUGGUCACGAGAGACUUCACAGGGGGGAGAGACCAUACUCCUGCAGGUUUUGUGAGAAAACAUUUAUCUACAGAGAAACCUGCAAACAGCAUCAAUUAGCUCAUUCUGGAGUGGACAAUGAAAAUGUCCAUUUUUAAGCAAGAGUAUUAAAGUUAUAGUGAUUGAGAAUAGCCCUUAAUGGAUCUUGUUUGCUAAUUGAAGAUCACUUUUCACUUUUGUGGGAAAUCCCUUAUAUAGAUUAAUGUUAGAUAUUUCGUUUUAUAUAAAUAAUACACUGCAAUGAGAACCUUAUAUUAUCAGUAUUGCCAUACAUCGAUUAUGCAGCAGUAUUACUUGUAUAUUAUAGAUUUUAAAGUGGAUAGAAUGGUAUUUGACUUAACAUCAAAACCCAGGCCAUGGGUGAUGUCUGAAGUUUGUUAUUAUUAUUAUUAUUAUCUCGUCAAUUAAUUAGGAAGUAAGUUGUGUCAAAUUGUCCAAGUACAUUUUGAAAAAUACUCAUUUGGGAUCUUAA